AUGAGGGAUGUGAUGUUGAAAUCAGGCUAUUCGACUCGUAAUCACAAAUACUGGCGCUCACGUGGCGUAAAGGGCCCGAAGCCGUGGCCACUGAUCGGUAAUCUUUAUCAAGUGUUUCUCAAACCCCGAUGCGUUUUCGGACUCCACAACUACAAGACUUACGGCAAAAUCUAUGGAUAUUUUGAUGGCAAUAAGCCGGUGCUAAGUGUGGCCGAACCCGAACUCAUUCGAGACAUAUUAGUAAAAGAUUUUCACAAGUUUGUGGACAGAGUGGGCAUAUCGUUGGGUCACCCGAUCUUUGAGCGAUCGCUGCUCACAGCCCGCGGAGAUGUCUGGAAACAGAUCCGGACUAUUGUAAGCCCAACCUUCUCGAGCGGCAAAAUGAGAAAAAUGCAAAUUUUAAUCAAAGAUUGUGUGGAAAGAGUGGACAAUAAGUUGGAAACGUUGGCCAACAGUGACAACAACGAGAUUGACAUAAAGAAAGUGUUUGUCAAUUACACGAUGGAUGUGAUAGCGUUGUGUGCGUUCGCCACUAAACUCCAGUCGCAUAGCGGCGUCGAAGAGCAUCCAUUCAUUCACAACGCGUCCCAAUUCUUCAGACCUACCGUACGGUUCGGUCUGUUCUUCAUUCUCAACCAAUUGAUGCCAUCGAUUGUCAAGAAAUACGACAUCUCUUUCCUUCCCAAACAUUACAUCAAUUAUUUCAAAACAACAUUGGAAACCAUAAUAACCGAAAGGCAGUCGCAGAAGGGGUCAAAAAACGUUGACUUUUUGCAACUUCUAAUCGACGCUCAGAACAGAACCGAUACGAAAGACAUCGACGAAGACAUUAGGCUUGAAGUGCAGAGGAUUAGCGAAUCGAUGAAGAAGAAGGGCUUCCAAUUGCAAGACAUGGAUAUCUUAGCG